AAGAGAAAGGAUAGGGAGGCACAAUAUUAUGGGGGUUUUGAGAAGAAGAUCUACAAUCAAGCAACUCCAUUCUUCUUCACAAACUUUCUGGAAGAUUAGACAUUCGAACAGAUGUGGAGUACUUUCAACAAACUGGACAAGGGCAAGGUAAUCGAAAUAGAAUGCCCUAAGAAGAGAGAUAGAUUGGGAAAGAGAUUCGAGUUUGUGAGGUUCUUGGAAGUGAAAGAUGCUGGCGAACUGGAACGAAAGCUGAACCAGAUCCAAAAUGCAGGAAUCAAGUUUCAGGCCAAUAAGCCAUGGUUUGAGAAAAAAUGGCAUGAAAAUCAACAACACAAGAGCUUAGGAAAUAUGACAAGAGGGACGAGUGCAGUGACUGCAGAAUGGCAAAAGAAAAUGACUUAUGCGGAUGCAGUUAGAGGAAAGGUUGUAGAAAACAAGGAAUAUGGGAUGAGAAGGGGACGGUUCCAUGAAGCAAGAAAAUGGGGUCUAGCUACAAAUUCCAAAUCAAGCGAGCAAAGAAAAUGGAGAUGGAAGCCAAAAACACGACCCCAAGCAUGGAUAGGAAUGGAGUUCAAUGUUAAUAAGGAAGAGUAUCGGUGGCUGGAGAGAUGUUUCGUUGGGACUGUUCACUUGAUAACUUUGAUCCCAACUUUGCAGGAGAAAUUCUACAUGGAGGGAGUCUUCUUUUGCAAGAUUAGAGCUAUGGGAGGAAGGCUAGUACUGUUGGAAGGACACGAUUAUGAAGACUUAAAGGAGAUGAUAAAAAAUGGCCAAGAUUGGCUAGGAAAUUGGUUUGAGGAAAUCAAACCAUGGUCACAAACCAUGGUGGCAACAGAGAAGUUCACAUGGAUUAGAUGCUUGGGACUUCCUCUGCAUGCAUGGAAGCUAGAAUACUUCCAAUCCUUUGGAAACCUUUGGGGCACUUUUAUCUCGGUGGAUGAUAGCACUAGCAAGAAAAUACGUCUUGACGUUGCUAGAUUUCUUAUAUCAACAUCCAUAAUGGAACCCAUCUCAAAAUCCUUAUUUGUAAAGAUUAAUGGAGUCAUGUUUAGAGUUAAAUUCUCUGAAGAGGAAUCCAGCAAUGGGCUAUAUGUAAGGAGUCAGAUUUUAACAUUAAUGAAGGAAGUGAAAAGGAUAAGGAAUAUUCGACAGAAGGCUUUGAGGAUACCAUCACGCCCCAAAACCAAGAGCGAAAUAGACACCGUGCACUCGUGAACGAGUCCCACAAAUGCACAAGGCUCGGAACUUAUUGUGUUCAUAAUUACCAAUUCACAUAACUUAAAUAAAAAAACUCGGUUUAU